GGAAAAUCCGGAGCUUCUUUACUCCUCACUCGACUGAAAGCGGGUCGGGUUAGUUACUGUUCGGUUUCAAGGAAAAUGAAGCAGAAAAUCGAGCAGAUCAGUACCCCGAAGCUGCUCACGUACUUUCUGGUUGGGAUAAUUUCGGUUCUCUUGAUCCUUAGUUUGUAUUAUGGAUCUUCCUUCGCUCCUGGUUUGCGUAAAUCCGACGAGGCUGCUUCUCGCCGAUACGGAUCGGACCCGGUGUUCGGAGGGUCUUCUAGGUAUGGCUAUCGAGCCGAUUUGAUCAAAGACGAAUCGCGCUUGCCGGAAUUCCCUAAAACCAUUCCGAUUUGUGACUUAAAAUAUUCAGAGUUGAUCCCUUGCUUGGAUAGAAGCCUUAAUUAUCAACUCAAAUUGAAGAUGAAUUUGUCACUAAUGGAACACUAUGAGCGUCAUUGUCCGCCACCGGAGCGCCGUUACAAUUGCCUGAUUCCGCCUCCUGUUGGUUACAAGAUACCUAUAAGAUGGCCGGCAAGCAGAGAUGAAGUGUGGAAGGCAAACAUUCCCCAUACACAUCUUGCAAAGGAAAAACAGGAUCAGCAUUGGAUGGUUGUUGAUGGGGAAAAGAAGUGUGGAGGUUAGUUUUGGACUUUUGGAAUAUCCAGAGGCAACCAGAAAGAUGGAGUGUUGAAUGGUUUUGACUAAGGAAGGCAUGUAAAGGUCAUUUAACUCAGCCACAAAAGUUGAAGACUACCUUAGCUGCCACUUUAUACAUGAUUUGGCAGGAGAGGAAUAGGAGAAUAUUUCUUAGAAAGUUUUUGACUGCAAAGGAUGUAUAUAAUGAGAUAAUUGGUUUUUUGAGAUUAAAGUUUUGAGAAGUGUAUUUCCCUAGGUAUGCUUGGGAGUAGAAGUGUAGAUGUCAUUUAAUGUUAACUCGACAAACUUGCCUUUUCCAAAAAAAAAAAUUAUUGAAUGAU